CAAUGAGCGCUUGCGACUGGCGAUCGAGGCCCCCUUUUUGCAUUGGAGAGACGCCGAAAAUACGUCGAUGCUUUCUCUUUCUGCGCUUGGCCGCGCGCUCUGCUCUAGUUCGCGAGCUUGGGUAAUGGCGGCUGGAGGGCAGCUGAGCUCGGUGCCUGAAGUGGAGCUGGACCCCGAUGGCACUUUCAAAUAUAUCCUGGUGCGGGUGCAGCGGGGGACUGAUGAGCACCGCGACAUCGUGAGGGGCACUGCGGACGCCGAGUUCCACAAUCACAUAUUUGAAAAAGUAAACCCUGAAAUGGAAAAGCUAGGUUUUGUAUGCAAGUGUCUUGGAGGAGGAAAAAUUGAACAUAACAGCAAAGACAAGAAAAUCCGUGUAUUUGGCCUUUCUACAGGAUAUGGUAAAGCUGAUCAUUCUGUGACUGUUGAAAUACUGAAGAGAACUUAUAAAGAUUAUGAAAUUAGCUGGUCAGAUGACAAGAAAUGAAUUGUAUAAUCUAAUAUAAACCUGUAUCUUUUCAAGAUAGUUAUACACUUAAUUCUAAGCUCCCAUGCGAAAAUACAAUCAGUGCAUUUAG